AUGUAUGUAAUAAAAAUAUAUCAUAUUAUUAUAUUUUAUGUUUGUCUUCAUAAUUUUUUAAAGACAUCAUUAAAUAUAGAUUAUGAAAAGGGUGUAGAAUGUAGCUUGUAUUUAAUAAAUAAAACUAAUUAUAAUAAAUUUUAUAUAAAAGAAAAACGAGAAUUAGGUGAAAGGGAAAGUUCACAAAAUUUACAAAGUUCACAAAAUUUACAAAGUUUACAAAAUUUACCAAAUUUACCAAAUUUACCAACUUUACAAAAUUUACCAAAUUUACCAAAUUUACAAAAUUUACCAAAUUCACCAAAUUCGCCAUAUUCAUCAAAUUCAUCAAAUUCACCAAAUUCACCAAAUACAUAUAUUUCAAAAAAUUCAAGGAAACGUAUAUUUGAUUCUUCUUUAACCCUUGAUGAAAUAAAUGAGCUGAGAAAUAUAAUAUUUUUUGAAAGACGAAUUCUUGAUGAUUUGGUAGAUGAUGUUCAAAAUAGUAUUGAUGAUGGAAAGCAUAUAAUAUUUUUGAGAGAUUUUGUAAAAAAUAAAAUGCGUUUACAUAUUAGAUCAUAUGGAUUAAAAUAUUCAUUCAAUGGAAUAAAUAACAUGGGUAAUAAUUUAUUAAAUCAGAUGGAAGAAAUUAAUUCUAAUUUCCCAUUAACACAUGAAAGUGUUAAUGUAAUGUAUAUUUCUUAUAAAACAGAACUUGAUAUAUCAAUGGAACUUUUAGAUUGUGUGUUAAGACAAAGAGAUGAACAGAAAAGAAAUGAAUUUUUAUGUAAUAUGAAUGAUAUACGUUUAACAUUAUAUGUACGAUUUAAUUCUGAGGGUAUAAAUAUUAAAGAAGAAAUAAUAGAUAAAAUGAUAAUACGUAUAAAAGAGAGAAUUCUUCAUAUAAUUACAUAUCAUGAAAAUUUACCAUCUCAUAUAUAUAGACAUUAA